UGUGGAUAUAUGGAUAAUCAGAUCAUCAACAUUGAGGGCCCCGUUGCAUAAAACUUGCUAUUGAUGAUAACCUCCAUGGAAACCUUGAUUUGAUUGGCAAGGUUACCAUCAGUGUUAAGCAGAGUUAAGUUUUAUGCAACAGGCCCAGGUGUGGUUUUUUUUCGGGGUGUGAUAGGCCAGGUAGCUGUAUUGUUUAACAGAAUAGAGAAAGGAGUGGAACCAGAAGUACUACAUGUAGAUUGAAGUGCUCUUUUUAUACUAUACGUUGAUUGAUAUAGGAUCGUGGUAGGUACCAACCCGCCCCUCUGUUUUUUUUUUGUCGUCGCCGUCGUUGUUUUACGGGGGUCAAAUGAUUCACAUGAAUACAUAGUUGAUAUCAAAUAGGAAUAUAAUCAUCUAUUUUUUUCUCUUUCAUAAGAAUGAUGUGUCUUUAGUAUACCUGAAGGUAUACUUCUGUCUUGAUCUUUGGUUAAUAAAAGGAAAAGUUACGUCAUUGUGUAGAGGGCGGAGAGGUGAACAAAAUAACUUGUGUUACGAAUAAGAAUCACAAGAAUGAACAAAUAAAGAAAAAACAAUCUCUGAAAGAAAAUAUUUGUGUAGGUUUUAAAAAAAGGUAUUGAGUUUAUGCUGUAAUACGUGUAUCUCAUCCAUUGUUACGUGAACAAUAGCUUUUCUAUUCUUCAAUCGCUGUUUCAUUUCGAGAGCAAAUUUGUUUUUUUAAUACACUUGUUUUCAUGUCACAUUUACGUGCCGUGAGUCCUAAAUCCUGAAUUAUAUUUAAACAGAGAUAGGGGAUGCGUGAUAUAUGAGAUAUAAUGUAAACAUACUUUUCACUGCUUGUACACAUCUAUCCUUUCACAGGUAGGCCUAUAUGUACCACUACUGUCGAUUUUCUUGUUAUUAUUGAUCGGCGUCAUUUCUGGGGAUUGUGGGGCAAUUAUAUUGCAAACUGUCAUGAUUGUAGCAAUCAUUGUAAAACCAAAAUGAUUUUAGUUUAUGGCUGCAGCCUCGUGAUGCGAAUCCGCCGUUGUAACGUAUUUAGAGAGGCAAUCAUAUAUCCAGUCUGUACAAGAGCUCUGCCAGUUCACUGUGUUUUACACUUCAGACAUGCACCUGUUAUGCUAAACCGUAAACAUAUAUUCAUGGAAUGCUAGUAUAUUUCUAUGCAAUUAAACAACAGUUGAAUUUCGUCUGUUUCUCGACGAGGUGGUGGAAGAGCUAGUCAGUCUCCAUCUACAUACUCCUGAGUGGACACUGAAAAGGCAUCGAGACUAGACAUCGAUCUAAACAAAUAGUUCAGAAGUUUUCCCAACUCUUAAUUGUUCGAAAAGGGCCUCGAAUCAUGAAGUUUGCACUCCUCCUGUUCAUCGGUUGUCUCACUGCCCCUGUGGCUCUGGGACUGGGUGCUCCCGCGCCGAGUCAGCAGGGUAAAGAUGUCAUCAACUUGGCGUUCGCGGCUGGAACAGCUUUAUUACCGAACCCAACCAAUCCAAACCAGUUAGAUCUGGUUAUCAAUACCUUCGAUCCGACACCGUCUACUACCGAUGAGAUUUACGUGGUCAGGGAUGUCAUUGGUCAAUUACAAGAUGAUGGAAACGAUGGUCUGGUCACCGAAGUCCUGGCUGAAGGGUUGAUCUGGCCUAGCACUGUCGAAGCUGUGCCCUGGGACGUGUUCCAUAGUAAUGACUACUACUUCACUCCUGGGGGUUUCCUACGCCCUACAAAAGACAUCGGUAGCAUCUCACUCAUAGAUGCUGCUAGUCAGGAGUAUCCCGCGGAGACCAUUGACCUGACCCAGAAAAAGAAUCCAGAUACUGUAUGGUUCAAGAACGCUAUCUUCAUAGAUGUUGACCAUGAUGGCAGAAAGGAUAUCUUGGCUGGAAGAACUAAUAGUACUAAUAUCCGAGAUGUAAAGACAGCCCUGGUGUGGUUUAAGCAACCCAAGAAGGAUCCUCUUCUCAGAACUCCAUGGAAGGAAAGUGUUCUCUUUGAGGAUGCAGGACCAAACUUCCAGUACCAUGUCUUUGAGAUGAGCCCAUCCGUGACACGCCACGCCCUAUUCACAACGCAAUUGUUCAGCCGAAGUAUUGAAGUGCAUUGGAACGACGUCAUAGACGACAGCUCUGAGAAUACGGAUGACGACAGUGAUGAAGACGACGACAGUGAUGAAGACGGCGCUUUCGAGAACGAAGUCAAGAAGAAAUACGAUGACAGGGACAACGACGACGACGACGACGACGACGAUGAUGAUAAUGAUAAUGAUGAUAAUGACGCACCAAACUUCUUCGAGUUGACGCGACGAAUAAUAGAAAACGAGGGAGGCAACAUGUACUUUGAUAGCUUUAUCGAUGAUAUCAAUGGGGAUGGAAGACUGGAUAUCGUAGCUACGAUCAGCAGCACGACAAACGGGAAACUGGUAGCAUUCGAGAUCCCCGAUGAUUGGGAGAACGGUGAAUGGACCCAACACGUGUUAGCUGAAGGCUUCAAACCACCGGAACCUAACCCUCGACCAGGAAGAGGUUCCCCAGGAAGAGCACAGGUUUUCUUCCCUGACAUUAAUCAAUCAAGGAUGAAGCCGUUUAUACUGAUGACUGGAGACGAUGAUGGCAGGGUGUACGUCGUCAAACCUCUCAACGACGCCGACCCAUCUGAUUGGUCGUACAAGGCUGACGUGCUGUUCGAAGCAGAGGGCAACACAAUAGGCGAUCUGACUUAUGCGGACGUGGAUGGAGACGGUGUAAAGGAGGUCUUUGUUCCGAUGUUUAAUGCCGGUCAAGUGCACAUCGUUCCCUAUAAAGACAUAGAUUUGUCAAGCGUCUUUGUGCAACCAGCAGUAAAUGAUUUUUCUUCCUCAUAUGACGGUACUUUGUAGUCACCACACCUACCAAAGAUAACAUAACCCUAUACCAUGCGGUGUAUACAAUGGGAUUUCCCAUAGUGUGAUCACAGUACUACGUAUAUGUAUUUCUGAUGUUAAGAACUUUUAGAUUUACACGACGAGAGCGUGGACUGCCGCGUGUGCACUGGGCCGUGCCCGGCAGUGCCUUAAA